CCUGGUCUACCAUCUUUGCAGGUGUGCUGCGCGACUAGGGCAUUGACCCAGAAGAGAAGAAGAAGAAGACCAAGAAGAAGAAGGUGAUCACCAUCGAUGCUGACGUGACCAGCAAGAAAGGUGGGAGCAGCCGCACAGCGCCUGGUGUUGCUGAUAAAGGUAUCCUACGCUUUCGUCAGAGUAACUUGGAAGAUUAUGUCAUUAUCAGUGACUCACUUGAAGGUUUGUCGCGCGUAGGCGAGAAGAAGAUCGGAGCUGCUGGCUCAAGAAGCUCAGGGAGCGCGGGCUCUCGUAACCCCGAUGCUGGAGCUACUCCGUCUUCUAUCGCGCAUGAUGAAAAGGAUGAAGAAGAGGAAGAGGAACCUGCUGCCAAGUUGGUAAGCCGGAAAAGAAGUAGAACCGAGACCACAGCUGGUGUGUCUAUUGCCUCGAAGGUCGGAGGGGUUCCCUUGAUCGGGAAGCAGAGCAACUUGCGCUCUCUGUAUAGAUUUUCCCCCGGUUAGUAUGUUUAUUACCUUGCUUUCUUUGCUGUUUUGUCCAUUUUAAAAGUUCGUUUUUGCAGAGGCUAAAAAGAAAGCCCCUGAAAAGAAGGGUGUCGUCAUCACAGAACCCUCGGAGCCGGCGCAGAAAAGGCACAAGGUUACUAUCAAACCCUUCAAGGAGAAGAAACCUGCCGAGGAAGGGAAAGAGAAGGAGAAGACCAAGGAAAAGAUUGUUGAAGAGCCUGUCGGAGCUGAUCCGAAGGAUACCGGGACCACUGCUGCAACUGCUAGUGAUAAGGCGCAAGGUCCGGAGGUUGUUCACAUCACGGGGCUUAACCAGCCCCAUCAUGAGAAAAGGAAAGAACCAGAGAUUGAGAAACUGGUGCAAUCUGCGCAGCAUGAUCCCCCUUGUUAAAAUAACUUCUACCGCUGGGGGAUCGGGCUCUGGGGCUCAAAAAGACAAAUCUGCUGCUGCAGGAGGCGCGAGUGCUGGUUUUGCUGCUGGCCAGGCUGGCGCGGGAGGACAAAGUGCGAUGCCACACUCUCCUAUAGGUCCCAGGGAUACCUUGAGAGAUAUUUAUUACAAGUCCUAUACAGAGGAGGCUCGUGGUGAUGCUCCGCACCAACCGCCAUGGGGUUUGAAACAAAAAGACACUUUCCUGGAGUUCGCUCCUUGUCGCGAUUGGUUUCUGAACUCCCUUCCUCCUGUUUUUUUUUCAAUAGAUUGUUUGUAGUUUUCUUUUUUCCGGGGCAGUGUACGAGGUUAACCGACAAAGAGAGCGAACCCACAAUAGGUUGUAUCACGCUUAUGUUGUUGGUGAGGCCAACACCCGUGCUGCUAACCAUCAAAUUGUUCGCGAGUGGCGAACCAUGGUUAGGGAGAAGGAGGAAUGGGAGAAGUAUCGCGAGCGGUUGUUAAAGCAUGUCAAAGACUUGGAAAAGUCGAAACCUGCCUUUGAUGAGGAGAAGGCAAAGUUUGAAUCCGAUAGGAAAUUGGAGGAGUGGGGCCGUGAAGGCCUUAAAGGCAAACUUCGCGCUGCUGAAGAUCUCUUAGCUAAGGAGCGUGCUGACUGGAAGAAGAUUUGCGCCAAAGACAACGAUCGCAUGUAUGCGGCUCGUGCCAAAAUUACUGAGCUUGAGGGUAAUGUUACUGAGCUGACCGGGAAGGUCGAAGAUGCGCAAGCUGCUAAGGAGCAAGCUGAGGCUGAGCUUAAAGCGCAAGUAUCCAGCAAGGAUAAAGAUCUGGCUGCUAAGGACGUUGAAAUUGCAGAGUUGAAGCGUCGCCUGCGAGAGCAGGUUGACAAAAGUGAGUCCUUGGAGAUCGAUCUUGAAGCUGAAAAGUCGAAGGCUGCUUCUGCUGAGGAGGCCAGGCAAAAGGCCGAGGAGGCGCGCGCCAUAAGUUCAUCUACGCUUAAUGUGGCGCAAAAUAACUAUGCUGAGGUCCAGCGCAUUGUUGACACGCUGGCCUCGGAGGCGGAAUGGAUGCGUGGCAGGGGAUUAGUGCUGAUGGCCAACUCCAUUCUAAAUGCUGGAGAAUUAGAUGGAGUUGUUGCUGCUCUUAUAGAUGCUUCUCGCGCGGUUGGUCACCGUGGAGGCUAUCUGGAAUGUGCGCAGCAUGUUGAAGAGGUAUUUGGGCAGGAGUUUGACACUAUUCAUUGUUCGGUGACUAAUGAAGCUGUUGCCGAGUUGGCUCGCGCUGAAAAUGCAUAUGACCAUCUAUCGCUACCCGUGAUGGAUUUGGUUGCAAAGGAUUUAGAGCAUGACGAUUGGUGUCAUCGUUUAAAAGCCAUUCUUGAUCCGCCAGAAGCUGUUGAAGUAUCUGAUGAGGAGGAACCGUCGGGCAAUAAUGGUGAUGGCGAUGGUGGCGAUGGUGAUGGUGGUGAUGGUGAUGGUGAUGGCCAUGAGUAG